AUGUCAUAUGACGACUCCCAGGAACCUCUGGCCGGCCCUCCUGCCUUCUUGCAUGACUCUCAUCCCCUAGGCAAUAUGGCGACGUCCACCGAGUGGAAAUUGCCGAUGCGUCCUGCUCCUACCCUUGUAGCCACCACGACUGCCCCACUGAGGCGAGUGCCUCUUCAGGAACUUGACGUCUCUUCAUCCGGGUUCCUAGUACCAGAUGAUGAUGGCAAGAGCCGGGCCCCUCUAUGCCGUCGCCCUAUGCCGUCGCGGGGCAAGGAGAACAUACCCCAAGCGUUCCACGCGGCCGGCGAGGACCCCAGGGAAUACCUGCGCACGACCUCAUAUAUCCAUGCCCUUGAUAUGCGUCGCACCAGGCGCCAGAUCGAGAGGGACAGGGCCAGAGCCUUGGCCAGGCAGCAGGCCAUGAGAGCCCCGCUGAGCCGCAUCUUGAUACGCCAUGGACUCAGGUUCCCGUUUGCUGACCACCGCCCAGCUGCGCCGCCUGCACGCCUCAGCAUGCCGGAAAUGUCCGACGACUCAGGAUCAGAGCCCGACCUGAGCGUGCUAGGUAUGACGAGGGCACGUCCCGUCGACUCGGCACAGCGCGUGCGUGAACCGGAAGAGUACGAAGAGGACGUUCACGAUCACCUCGAGGGUGAGGAUACGAGUGUCGAAGACAACUUUCACGACGUUGAUGAUAUCGACCAUGAGCACGAGGGAGACGAGGGAGACGAGGAGGCGGAGGAGGAGGAGGGGGGGGAAGGAGAGGCUGUCGAGUAUCAGGAGGAACUCGUGGAUCCGGCUUCAUUGGGACUCAAGGAGAUUUCCAAUCUCGGCCGGUUCACCGUGAGCAGUCACAAGCAGGGCAAUGGUGUUGAGGAACUACGAAGUGACGACCUCAGCCUCUACUGGCAGUCGGAUGGCCCUCAGCCGCACAAGCUGACGAUUUACUUCAUCAAGCGUGUGGGCAUCCGAGACUUGCGCUUCUACGUCAACUACGGCGAGGACGAGUCGUACACGCCCACAAACAUUGUCUUCAAGUCGGGCACGAGCGAGAACAACCUCAUAGAGUUUGCUCACCUGUCCCUGAACAACCCGGUCGGAUGGCAGCAAGUGCCGCUCAACGGCACGGGCGGUGGCCCCGACGGCAACACGCUCGUGUCAUAUGUGCUUCAGAUGCAGAUCCUCGAGAACCACCAGAAUGGCAAGGACACCCACCUCAGGGGCAUCAAGAUUUACGCCUACGACGCAGACUCGGGGCAGGCUGCCGGUGUUGAGAGCAACCCGGUCGAGGAUGUGGUGGAACUUAUGGGCACCCGCGCCGCCCGGUUCGACGCUAGGGGGGUUGUUGACGACGAGAAGGAUAACAGCCGCAGGCUCAGUGGGCUGGCGAGGAAGUUGGCCGAGACAAGGAUAGAGUCGGGCGACGUUGGCUUUACUAUUCCCGACUUCAUGCGUGACCCUGAAAUCCGAUGA